AUGUUCGUCUGUGAAACAACUCACCAUGUGUUUGCAGUGAGGAGUGUAAGCGUCGGUUGUGGGGUUAGAAGUAGGAGUGGCCGUUGCCAGAUUAGAAGUGCAUGUGGCGGUUGCCCGGUUAGAAGUGCACGUGGUGACUGGGUAUUUUCCUUCCUGCAGCCGAGUGGAUGCGAUUCGGGGAGGGGGAGGCGCGACACCAAGCUGGGGGCGUACAAUUUUCGGGCGAUCGAGCGUAAGUGGCAAGUCGUGUGGAAUUCGAAGCGGCUUCUGGAUAGGGACUUCGCGCGUUUCAACAGGCGUUCUCGGGGAAGCAGCAAAUUUGAGGGAGGCGAUGGAAACAGGGAAGGUGAGACACGCGAUGGAAGCUAUGAUAGGGGCAGAUAUGAAUGGGAUCAGCGGGGGAAACUCGCCAGGCGGAAGUUCUACAUCCUGGACAUGUUCCCCUACCCGUCGGCGCAGGGCCUGCACAUGGGGCACAUCUUGUGCUUCACCAUAACGGAUGUUCUGGCGAAGUUCAAGCGAAUGACAAACCACUGCGUCUUCCACCCCAUCGGAUGGGAUAGCUUCGGACUGCCCUGCGAUAGGAUGUCCAUGAAGCUGAAAGUGGACCCCAGAAAAAUCAUCCAAAGGAAUAUAGUCAAUUUUAAAAAGCAGCUACUGAAGAUGGGCUUCCUCUUCAACUGGGGACACGAAAUUAACACAUCGGAUGAAAGAUUUUACAAGUGGACACAAUGGAUCGUCAUUCAAAUGUAUUUAAGAGGCCUGGGUUAUAAAAAAACGUCUUAUGUUAAUUGGUCUAACGAAAUUAAGUGUGUAAUCUCAAAUGACGAGAUGAAGAAUGAAGCAAACGUGAAAGGAUUAAAAGUAACAAAAAGGAAGCUGCUGCAGUGGUAUCUUAGGAUCACGACGUACGCCACGAGACUCAUUGAAGAUCUGAAGGACAUCGAUUGGCCGGAGAAGAUCAAACAAAUGCAAAUUAACUGGGUAGGAAAGAAAACAGGCAUCAUCCUAAAGGCUAGAGUUAUCCCUAUCGGUGAGUGGACAACUGGGGACCUCUUUUGCACUCCUUCGGAUUGUUUCCCUUCACAUGUUCUUUACGAUAGCAUUUACGCCAAUGAUGGGAUGACUCUCCUUUUUAAUUAUUUAUACCAUGGGGAAGGGGCUACUUACGACUUCUUCGAUUCGUUUGUUCGAUCCGGGGCGGAAAAGUACCCCAUUCCAGCGGGCGACAAGAAAAUGGAACGCCUCCUCCACGACGAGGACGCUGUGCAAAAUGCGCUAAGGGGGAUCAAGCCAAGGGAACAUACAGUGGGGUUGCCGCCAAACAGGAGGGAGAAAAAACAUAUGCUCACGUUCGACAAGGAUAGCAAAGAUAAUGAAGGCGAUUCCUACGUGAACAUAUUUCUAAACGAAAAGGAGGCCAUCUUCCAAGGGGACAAAUUAUUAGUCAGUGUCAAUCACCCGAACAUCGAUCAGAUAGUGAAUAGGAACGAAUCUUUACUAACCUUCGUGAACACAGCAGUUAGGCAGAACGACACGGAGAGGUUAACGAAUGAACGGAUCCUCUUCACAGGCUCUGUUAUUUAUAUUCCCAUAAUAGGGAAGUACAUCCCUAUAUACGUUUGUACCUAUAUAUUAGAGAACAAUGGGCAUUUGCUAUUCGUUAAAAGGGGGAGCAGAGAGCAAGUGGAAGAAGCUUCAAAAGGGGAAGACUUCCUUCACACGUUGUUGUCCUCAUCCAAGUAUAGCAAAAGGUACGUUGUGUACAAUGUGAAGGAUUGGUUAUUUUCGAGGCAGAGGUACUGGGGCGAGCCCUUUCCUUUUCUCUUCCCAGUGAAAAGCAAAGAACAGAGGGGACAGCCAAAUGGGAAGGAGUCUCCCCCCGAGGGAGACAACACACCCGAUGUAAACAACCAACUGAAGAGAUACCCAAAUGUGGAGAUUAGAAAGGUGUCCAAUUCGCCCCUUAGUGAGAUCUACAUAGACGACAUCCCUGUGCAUUUACCAAAGUUCCACAAAAGAAUAUACGAAUUGGGUUCGAAUACACACAAUGAAGGAUCUCCCUCCGUUUUGUCCAGAUUUAAAAAGUGGGUUUUCCAAAGGAGAGAAAACACCCUCUAUAAGAGAGAAUGUGACAUCAUGCCCCAGUGGGCAGGUUCCAGCUGGUAUUACUUAAGAUACUUGGACUCAAAGAAUACAAAUCGCAUUUUUAACAAAGAGAUGGUAGAUUUGUGGAUGCCUGUGGAUCUAUACGUCGGGGGAAGUGAGCAUGCUGUGUUGCAUCUUCUCUACGCCAGGUUCUUUCACAAAUUUCUGUAUGACCUUAAGCUGGUUAGCCAUAAGGAGCCCUUCCAGAAGCUCUUCAACCAGGGCCUCCUAUUGAGCGCCACUUCGUUCUUUGCCUACACGACGUUGGGCGGGAAGUUGGUUAGUUAUGCCGCGGUGAGGGGGGAAGAGGCAGACGGGAAUAAUACCGAGCAGGAUGGGGGGACACUUCAGGGGGAGGGCUCUUUCCAGGAAAGCAGCACGAAGAGUACCCCUGGGGAAGAUGCCCUCACGGGUGGCAGUAGCGAACAGCCCUUAUCCGAUCAUCCGUUCGUAUCUGAAAGGCCAAAUUGUGCCACUGAAACGGCGUUGCGAGGAAUGGUACCAAGCACAGAUGGGAAGUAUAGAAAGUAUCAAAUUCCAGAGGAGCUGGUAAUGCAAAGAGAGGGAAAAUAUUAUUUGAAGGACGCCCCCCACGUGGAAGUAAAAGCCAACUAUGAGAAGAUGUCCAAGUCUAAAGGAAACACAGUCAACCCGAACGAUAUCGUGAAAAAGUAUGGGUCCGAUUGUCUCCGACUGUACAUCCUAUUCUUAGGACCUAUAGAUCAGAACAAGAGAUGGGACCUCAAAGGAAUAAAAGGGACCUUUAAAUUCUUAACCAAUUUGUACACCCUGUUUGUGAAGGAUGUAAAAGUCCGUCCCUUGGGGGGGAACAAGAGACAAGGAGAGUGUAGCGCCACUACGCAGAUUGACUUAGGAAGAGUUCCCCACAAAGGUGGCGAUAAUUUUGUGGAAUCUCCCCGCGACAGUACAAGCGACCAUAUAAUUUGCACCAAGUGCAGGAAAAAAAAACGAAACAAGCAGAUGAUUCUCCAAUUUGAGAUGAUUAAAAGUGGAGGGAGCGACGAUGAAAGAGAAUUCUACCCCGGAAAGAAAAAAGGAGCAAUAAAACGUAAUAUGAACUUGCUAUGGAGUCAAGACCACUCAUGCAAAGAGCUAUCAGACGUGAUUGUAAAAAAAAAGGGACAUGAAAUUGAACGGGGCAAGAAAGAAAGGGCAAAUUUUUACAUUAACAAAAUAACUGGAUGUUUAAAGAGCAUGAAGCUGAACACAGCUGUCUCCUUCUUCAUGAUGUUCUUUAACGAAAUUAAAAAGUGGGACUACAUCCCGUUGAAGAUCUUUCUGAUCCUUGUUAAGUUGCUGUUCCCCUUCUGUCCUCACAUCUGCGAGGAAUUCUGGUUUUUCUACUUGAAGAAAUACAAACCGGAUAGAAAGCAUAUUUGUUACUUCUGCAAUUCUAGCCUCAUGUACUUCGCACGCUGGCCAUCCUUGUUCCGGUUGGAGGCGCCACGGGUGGGAAGGAUCUCCAUCCGGCUGAAUAACCGCCACGUAACCUUCAUGGAGGUUACGUCGGGAAGCGGUUUGGGGGAGUUGCAAAGUUUAGAGAGUUGUCGGCAUUCGGAACGCCCCACAGAUGACGAACCGUCGAAACGGUCACAAAGCAUCAUUCGUGAGGCCACAAAUAGGAUAACGGAUCGAAUCGAAAAAGAGAAGAAAAGGGGAAAACGACUCGUCAAUGUUGUGUAUAUUCCGAACAGAGUCGUAAAUUUUGUCUUCAAAUGA